CAUAAAAAUGGCUUAAAGAAAAACAUCACAUCCUCCAAAUGAACAGCACACCAAACACCUAAAAUAUGCUCUCUACCGUCUCCUUCCAAAAAAAAACGUAGCUACCCUUUUCAAUAUUUUAUGCAUUUCAAGAAACAUUAAAGUCUUGAAAAGAAUGCUCUUUGUUCUCUUAUCUCUUUUCCUUUUUUUUUUUUUCGUUCAAAGGACAAGCUUAAAUUUGUUUCUGUCUUCUUUUCUAUCAAGCACAGAAUGACUAUUGGAGAACCGGAGCCAAACCACAUCUCAGAUCACAUAUUGGAUUGGUUAGAAGAUUCAGUAUCAUUCCUACCAUCAUUCUUGGAUGAUCCUUACAACUCAGGCGGUAUCAGUAAUUAUCAAUGGUGGAAUCAAACUGAAGGAAUCUGCCAAGACCCCAUCAACAGCAAUACCAGUCUUAGCAGCAGCAGCACCAUCACAGCAAACACCAAUACCACAAGUCCUCUAGCAACAAAUGAUCACACCAUCGAUCAUCAACCACCUUCCAAUUCAACUAGUAAACGAGAAGCCCCUGAUGACCCAGUUCCUAAGGCAUCCCAGAAUCAUCAUCAAAGAAAGAAACAGAAUACUCGGAUCAGCAACGAAGGUGAUCAAGGAGUUGAAGUGAUGAUAGGGAAAAGAUCAAAUGGAAACAAGAAAAGUGCCAGUAAAGGCGCAGCAAAUAAUGCGAAUAGCGGUAAUAACAAGGAAGGAAGGUGGGCAGAAGAUUUGCUUAAUCCUUGUGCAGCUGCUGUCUCUACUGGAAACUUGUCGCGUGUGCAACAUCUUCUCUAUGUCUUACAUGAGCUAGCUUCGUCAACCGGAGAUGCUAACCACCGGCUAGCUUUUUAUGGCCUUCAAGCCUUGACUCACCACCUAUCAUCUUCAAGAACUUCUGCUUCUAUAGGCUCCGUGUCUUUCACUUCAAUUGAUCCAAAGUUCUUUCAACGAUCUUUACUCAAAUUCUAUGAGGUUAGUCCUUGGUUUGCCUUUCCUAAUAACAUAGCAAACUCUUCAAUCCUUCAAGUUCUUGCUCAAGAACUUGAUCACAAGCGUAAUCUUCAUAUUCUUGAUAUUGGAGUUUCUCAUGGUGUGCAAUGGCCUACGCUUCUUGAGGCCUUGACUCGCCGAUCAGGAGGACCUCCUCCUCUUGUACGCAUCACAGUCAUCACUGCCACUGUUGAAAGUGAUCAAAACACUGAGACCCCAUUUUCAAUAGGUCCUCCUGGUGACAACUUUUCUUCAAGAUUACUUAAUUUUGCCAAGUCCUUGAACAUCAAUUUGCAAAUCAAUAGACUGGAUAACCAUCCAUUACAAAGUCUAAAUGCACAAGUCAUUAACACCAAUCCUGAAGAUACCUUAGUGGUUUGUGCUCAAUUUAGACUCCAUCAUCUAAAUCAUAACAACCCAGAUGAAAGAACUGAGUUCUUGAAAGUUCUGAGAAGUUUGGAACCAAAAGGAGUGAUUCUAAGCGAAAACAACACAGAUCGCUGCCAAAUUUGUGGUGAUUUUGCGACAGGAUUCUCAAGGAGAGUGGAUUACUUAUGGAAGUUUUUGGACUCUACAAGCUCAGCUUUCAAAGGCCGAGAGAGCGAAGAAAGAAGAGUGAUGGAAGGAGAGGCAGCCAAAGCAUUAAUUAAUUGCGGAGAGAUGAAUGAUGGGAAAGAGAAAUGGUGUGAAAGAAUGAGAGAUUCAGGGUUUGUCGGUGAGGUGUUUGGAGAAGAUACCAUCGAUGGGGCUAGAGCAUUGUUAAGGAAGUAUGAUAGUAACUGGGAGAUGAGAACAGAAGAGAAAGAUGGGUGUGUAGGCCUAUGGUGGAAAGGGCAGCCUGUUUCUUUCUGUUCAUUAUGGAGGUUGGAUAUGAAAGGAAAUGACAGUUAAAACAGUUGUAAUUCCCCGUUGUGGCUUUUCUUAUAUAAAUUCCAGUCAGUAAAAGAGUUGUAUGCUUCGAGCCUGUUUCUUGCA